GAGGUUUUCUGAUAGAUAUAGUGACGUUACUUAAAGACUUAUGGAAUGUAAUAGGCUAAUUAAUGUACUAAUGCAUUAAUUGAUUUCUGUAGUGUAAUUUAGAUUUUUUUUUUUUUUUUUUUACUUAAAGCGGGAGUUUGGGAGAACAUUAAUCUUUUCAGUUAUAUUUUAGAAAACUAGUUGAAUUACUUUGAAUACUAUAAGUUUCAGUCUAUAUUUAAAUCGUAAGUUUUUUUAAUGAUGAAAAUUGUUUCUUAUAAAAGCUUUAUUAUAAAAGCUUGAAUAGUGGUAUCUUCCUUCAUAUUUUUUCUCCUUUAUUUUGCAGACUUGUCAGUAAUUUUUAUCAUUUGUUUUCAUUUACCUAAUCCACAAGGCUUAAAUAGUAGUUAAAAUAUUUUGAGAAGUUUGUAAAGUCUAAAGCACAAAGUAAAGGGUUUACAUUGGGCAUAAAAUAAUAGGGAUUUAACAAUAAUAGAGUUUUUAAUUGAACUUCUUAAAAUAAUGGAAUAUUUAUUCACUUGUCUUUGAUUAAUCUAGUAAAUUUCAAACAAUUCUGGAAUCCUAAUUAAUAUUGCAGUGUGUUUUGUCUGCAUAGAGAUGGAUUAUGUAUAAUAGGCAAGGCAAUCAUGACUUUAAGUGUAAUGUGUAUAAAAGUUCUGUUUUAUUAUCCCUGUAGAAUCUGAAUUUGUUAUCUUGGCUUCAUAGAACACUCUUGGAUAAAGCUGAUAUUCCAACUCUUUCCAGUUAUAUAGAUGUGCUACAAACAUUAAGGACAAAAGUGCCUAGUUUAGUUGAUAAACUCCUCCAGUUAAAUUCUGGUUUACCUGCAAGUGAUGCCAUUUCUCAGAUGAUAAAGAAAAAGUGGGAUCCUGUGAUGCCUAUUCUUAAUCAACAUAAACCAAAAAAAUUGCCUGGCAAUCCUGUUAUUCUAUUGUGCCCAAGUUAGCCUCCCAUCCAACAGCAUAUUAGUGCACAUCUUCCUCCCAGGCUGAAAUUGUGGCACAAUAAGUUAAGUUCUUUGUGCAAGGUUAUGAAUGUUCCACUUCAUUCAUUUGAUAAGGAAAACAUGACCAUUGAAGAUUGUAUUGAUGAGAUUGUAAUUUCUGUGAGAAACAAAGUUGCUGAGAUGAAAAAUCAGUAUCCAGAUCGACCUAUUAUAUUAUUGGGUUGGACUGUUGGUGCAUUAAUUGCAUGUCAUGUUGCACUUCAUGAAUCUGUGUCUUCUGUUAUUUGUUUAGGAUUUCCAUUAACUGGAGUGAAUGGAUCUCGAGGGGAUUUAGAUGACCCAUUAUUGGAUAGCAAAGUACCAACUUUAUUUGUAGUGGGUCAGAAUGCAACCAUGUGUUCCAUCGAUGAUGUUGAAGAUUUUCGAUCACGCAUGCGAGCAGAAACUGGUCUUGUAGUGGUUGGUGGUUGUGAUGACUACUUGAAUAUGUCAUCCAUAAAAAUGAAGUUUGAAGGUGCAACACAAGCAAUGGUGGAUCGUUGUAUAUUGGAUGAAAUCAGUGAUUUCUUGUCAUGUGUGUUUGCAAAACUGCCAAACCAUUCUGUUCCAAAUUCAGCAGUUUCUACAACUAUUAGUGGUAUAAUAUAUGAGGAACCAGAUGUGGUACAGGCUGAGGAAGAAGGCAAACGUAGACGAAGAAAGCCAAAAGAAUAUUCUCCGGAGUUAUCUCCUGUUCGGAAACGACCAAGGCAUCAAGUUUCAAGACAGAUACCUACUACCAUUCCUAAAGCCAGAUUAUUACCAUCAAGCUCUGAAACAUCCAACUCUGGAUCUUAUGUCAAUUACAAGCCUAAUCCACCUAAGACAGUAAAAAAGAUGCCCGUGAAAAGAAUUGGAAGACCAGCUGCUGGUACAUGGUGAAAGCGUCUUGCUGCAGCAAAAAGUCGAAGCAGUCCGAGUAACAAAGAAAUUGCUUCAGAAGAGAUUACUAGUAUGGAGGUAGA